CUCUAUACACAUUUAAGUCAUAAAUCCGUAAAUUGUUAAACUCAAGUUUCAACAAAAUAUGGAAUACGUAGCAAAAUUAAGAAUAUAUUAUACUUAAUUAGCGGUUUUGGUAUAAAAUAUAAACUGAUUUAGAUUUCAGAGUAACUUUAUCACAGUUCAUUAAUAAAACGUACAAAUGGUCGAUAUAUAACGUAACGUAACUGUGAAUAUUAUUGUUGACAAAAUGCCUGCUGUUACCUCAAUAACAGUUGAAGAACAUAAUGAUGAUGAUCAGAAAAUGUGGAAUGCCCUUAAAAGAUACAUUAUACGUGAGAGACAAAGAAAAAAAGAAGAAUAUGAAGCGGAAGUUGAAGAAGAAAGAUUAAGAAAGGAACGAGAAGCAAGAGAAAGGCAAGAUGUGAUGACACUUGAACAAACAAAAGAGCAAAUAGACCAACUGGAACAAAAAUUAAAGGAAUUGGAGAAAGAAAAGCAACAGUUAUUCAUGCAACUUAAAAGAGUGCUUAAUGAAGAUGAAACCAGAAAGAGACAGCAACAAAAGGAAACUAAUGAAAUGCAACCUAUGAAGAUGCCGAUGGGUAAUUUACAAAUACCAAUGUUUCCGAUGCAAUCCUCAACUGGCCAGGACCCUCAACAGUCUCAAGGAAGAGCUCCGCUAUCUUCACAUAUAUUGAAUAAGAACAAGCAUUCAAACUACAUGCUGUUUCCACAACAACCGAACAUAGUAAGAGGUCCAAUGCAAUCUUCUGUUAAGAGACCAAGGAGUCCGUCACCAACAUAUGCUCUGUACGCACACAGACUGCAUCAACCACCAAUGAAACAACAUGCGGUCUACUCUGAUCAUAAAGUAGAGGACAAUCGAAUGGGCCGCCAAAUGGCGCGCGCUGUGCUUUGGAACAAAUCAAAUCAGUAUUCAAAUGUGGGCUCUACUGUGUCAUCGUACUACCCGAUGCCCACGUCCGGCGUAGUGGGCGUUGUGGCCGAGCGUCCACCGCCAUUGCUGUACCCUCACCACGCCCACACACCACAUACUCCUCAUGCUCACACACCGCAUACGCCACACCAACAUCAUACAAAUCUUAUGUACGCGCCCGCGCAACCUCUUUACCUGGACAUGCUAAAGAAUAGGGACGGACAUCAGGAGACUAAGAAGGAUACGCAACCCCAAGUUCUGAUCGGCCUCAGCGAAGCUCACCCAUCAGUGAGCAGUGGGGUGGUGUACGCGACCCCACCACCCUCCAGCAGACACCUCUCGAUACACCCGGCGCCACAGCACUCCAACAUGCAAAACACAAAACCAGGCAGUAUAACUCAAGGGUAUCCCGUGCAACAGUCGUCUUCCACCCAGAGCGCCAUGUAUCAGAACAGACAUCGUUAUUAGCGUUGGCAUAACCGACCGCCCAAACUGCGACGGUAUCCAUUUAUAUAAGACAAUUAAACUGAAGAUGUCAGUGGUACAGUGUGAUUACAAUUCUGAUUCAGACGGUUAUACUGAUGAUGAUGAUGAUGAUGAUGAUUCAGUGAACUAAUAAAAUGGUGAUCAGUGAUAAACUCCAGUAUAGAGCGAAGUGAUACAUGUAUGAUGAUUAAUUGUAUAGUAUUUUUUGUUUUUAACGAAGCAAUGAAAACCGACUUGAUUGGUCCCAUGUUUACUUUUGUCUUAUCAUAUUGGCUGUUGUAUAAUAUAGAUUAUAAGAAUUAAUAAAUAAAUCAUAAAAAAAAAAUAUAUGAAGAAAUAAGAAGAUGUACACAGAUUAUGCUAUUUUAUUAUUAUGUUUCUAGACAUUAAGUUUUGUUCAAUAUUUAUCAAAUAUACAUAUAUAAUAAAGAUAUAUUGUUGCUUUUAAUUAAUAUAUUUUUCAGCUUCCGAUAUAUCAUUUGAGAAACAAAUUGAUUGUACACUAAAAUUUUCUAUCAUUUCAUGGAAUAUAUUAAAAUAACUAAUUGGAAUUUGAAAUUAGUUAAAAUGUAUGUUGUUACUGUGAGAAAAAAAAUAUGUAUUUAUUCGUAAUUUUUUCUUAGAUAUUCCUGAUAUGAAUUAAAAUAUAUUCAAAGGAUAUUAUUCUUAAGUAAUAAUGUAUUAAAUUAUUACUCAAAUAUAUAAUCGUUUAUCAGACUGUCCAAAUUCUUCUGUACAGAUGAAUUCUUAAAUGCAAAAUAAUAAAUGUAAAUAUGAGCUCGUAGAAAUAAUAUUAAGAUUAAAUUUACUAGAAAUCUAGUUCUAACUAUAGUGAAUAGUUUGUCCUCAAUGUAAUAAUUCAUGGUACGCCUGAAUUAGUAGAGCUUUCUAGAAAUAGUUAAUUGUAUAUUGACAUUAAUUUAGACAAACUAUAUAUAUAUUAAGGAUAUAUUUGUAUGGAAUGACAAGAUUAUUCUAGUUAUUAUAGUCGAAAUAAAGAUAAAGAUAAAAUUUUGCUGACAAACAGUUUCUAAUAGCUCGUUGUAAUUAAGAAGCUUCUAGAUUUAUUUGUUUUGAUAUAACAAGAGCUGGUGAAAAGGUGGGAAAUACCUGUUAUUGUGCUUAUUUUUUAAAUUUUCUAUUCGACCGAACUUUUCAUAUAAUCUAAUGUUUGUUUGAAUAAUAAUAUCAUUUUUAAAGAAUUUCUACCAUUUAUUUAAUCCUUUCAUACAAUAUAUAAUAACAUAGUUAUUUUUCAUAUAUAGUUUUAGAACGUUUUCCUUCUUGUUUUUAUAAUUAUAUAUAAAAAAUAUAACACUUUAAACAAUAAAUUAUAAUAUUUAAUA